UGUGUCUUCCACACUUCCAAUAACUCUUACCACUAUUUUCAUCUCACAUAUUUAUUACAUCUAUCCAUGGCUGAAAUUCAACACCAUGCAACUUCAUUACCUCGUAGUGAAUCAAAAGUAUACAACAUGGAUGUUGAAAAGAAUGAAGAAAAAAUUGAUGAAAAGGAUUAUACUCAAAGAGCUCAAUGGCUUAGAGCAGCUGUAUUAGGUGCUAAUGAUGGAUUACUCUCAACAGCCUCCUUAAUGAUGGGUAUUGGAGCGGUUAACAAAGAUGUUAAGACAAUGAUUCUGACAGGAAUUGUUGGUCUUGUUGCUGGUGCAUGUAGCAUGGCAAUAGGUGAAUUUGUGUCUGUCUUUUCACAAUAUGAUAUUGAGCUUUCUCAAAUGAAAAGACAAGGGAAUAUUUCUCAGAAAGAUAAGUUGCCUAACCCUUAUUACGCGGCGUUCGCCUCGGCGGUGGCGUUUGCGGUCGGCGCGUUGGUGCCGUUGCUCGGCGCGGCGUUUGUGAAAGAUUAUAGGGUUAGGUUGGGAGUUGUGGUUGGUGUGGUGAGUGUUGCUUUGUUUGGGUUUGGAUUGUUGAGUGGUUUUCUUGGGAAAGCACCUUUGGUUAAGUCUUCUUUUAGGGUUUUGAUUGGUGGAUGGCUUGCUAUGUCUCUUACUUUUGGUUUAACUAAGCUUGUGAACCAUGUUGGAGUUUGAUCAUUUUGAUCAACUUUAGUUACUUUCUUUUUAGUGCUUAAUUUAUAACUUUAAUUAUUCCACACAUCUUUAAUUCUUGUUAUAUAAGAUAAGAUUAGUUUGAUAUGCACAUCUUUUGUCUUUGUUAUAUAUAUAGAUAUAAUGUUUGAUGUCUCUUUCAU